AGCGUGAGGUGGGAGGGAGCACUUCAAGCGCUCUAGACGGCUCGAAUGAUCGUAGCGUGUGCUGGUACAGUUCAUUUAGCUCAGUCGGAGAAGUCAAAUCAUUUAGACCAGCGGAGGAAACGAAUGAGAUUUCAACCGACUGGCGCACAGUGAGCGGACCGGACCGGGCAGCAGAUCUCUCACCCCCUUUCUCUUCAGCAGACUGAUAAGGAGACCCAGAUGGACAACAGGAAGACAUCUGAUGACAAGCCCGUUCAGCGUUCUAAGUCUUUCAGUUUCAAGACACAGAAGGAGACCUGUGCAUCAUGUGAGAAGACUGUGUAUCCGAUGGAGAGAUUGGUGGCCAACAACCUCAUCUUCCAUAACACUUGCUUCUGCUGCAAGCAUUGCAACACCAAACUCAGUCUGGGGUCCUAUGCAGCGCUGGCGGGGGAGUUCUACUGCAAACCACACUUCCAGCAGCUCUUCAAGAGUAAAGGGAACUACGAUGAGGGCUUCGGACGUAAGCAGCACAAGGAGCUCUGGGCCUCCAAGGAUGCAGAGAGCAUCACCAAGACGGCAUAAUCCUCAGUGAUUUCCAAAGCACAUUUCCCCUCCACUGGCCAUGAUGAUGACCCUUUAUAUACGCUGCCCACGUCAACAGACACACACAUCCACACAAACACACUUACACAGCCAACAAGCAGUUGAGCCAGGUUUUUCAUUAUAUAACACCACAAUCACAGAUAUAGCACCAUGUGAUAGGGUCGAAUAGCUUGCCUUUUUUGUUUGACGUUCUUUAUUUUUUAUUUUAUUUUAAUUUUGUCCUCCCACCCUACCUUCUCUGCUUAGUUUUAAUUUUUAUUUAGCAUUUUGUGUUUGUCAUUUUUUUUGUAGUGAUGUGGAGUGAGCAGUUAGUUGAUUGUGACCAAAAUCUUUGUAUCCCUAUAAGUGUGAUGAUUCACUUACUAGCAUCAUUAUGAUCCUGUUUGGCAGUACUAGUAUCAUGGAUUUUGUUGGUUUUCUAUCGUAAGAGGUAUCAAGAUGGUUUAGAUUAUACACUCAGGUAAAGAUUCUGGGUUGUUGUAUCAAUAUUAUUCAGCAAUCUUUUAUGUACACAGUGAACUUAAAUGUUUGAUUGAUAUUUGUCCCUCACUUCAGUUACAGCAGUCUGUACUGUUUUCAAACUAAAUGGCUUAACAGAGUUCCUUAAAAUGGGAAAACUAUAUUUUAUUUUGUCUGCUUUGCUAGCACAGGGUAUUUUAUCUGAGA